ACAAUAUUUCAGAUAAGAAUGUCGCUUCUUACCCCGCCGGAGACCGAACAUAAGCUGAGCGUACUGGAGGGAGACAGUAAGUCCGGAGAUAGUUGUCGAACUUUUGUUUUUCGUAAAGAAUCCCACACAUUAGGAAACUGCCUUAGAGUUACACUCCUUCAGAACCCACAGGUUGUAUUUGCUGGAUAUACGAUACCUCAUCCCUCCGAGGAGAUUAUGCACCUGAGGAUACAAACCAUGGAUGGAUAUCCGGCCCAGACUGCUCUACGGAAAGCGUUUGUGGACGUUAAGGCGAAUGCUCUUCAAUUAAAAAAGGAUUUUGGUCUCGCAGUUCAGCAAAAUAAAAACAAAUCAUAAAAAGAAAAUUUUUAUUAUUAAUAUAUUUU